AUGGACAACAUCUUCUACGCUAUCAUGAAUGGGUCGAUCGCCGAUGUCCAGGCCAUACUCCGGCGGUCCCCAGGCAGCAUCAACCAAACCUCAAACAGUGGCGUGGACCUCAAUGCGCAGGAUCAAAACGGAAACACCGCACUGCAUUUUGCCGUCGAAAACAACGAUAUAGAAAUGGCAAAACUCCUCAUCGACGCCGGCUCAGACAAGACUGUCAAAAAUAUACGUGGCGAAAAACCCAGAGAUAUCGUGAAGAGCAAGGAAAUGAACGACACACUCAAUGCAACGCCGUGCGACGACUCAGAUCCAUCGCAGAAAUAUUCCGCAGAGUACUAUUCGGCAAUCGGACCAGAGCUCGCUCAGCUCCAGCAUGCCCUGCCGAGUGAUGUCAACAUUCUCAAGAUCUUUGCCUUGGAUCUGGUUCAAAAGCAGGCCAAAUUUGAGAAUCGCUGCCGGGAAAUCAUAUACCAGCUUGUUGAGGAGAAGCACAUUUUGGCCCACAAAAACAGGUUGAUGGAGGAAGCAAUCGGGAUCAAGGACAAAGAUACAAGCACUCGUUACAUCGAGCAGCUCCAGUACUGGCAGGACGAAAAUGAGCGGAAUCAAGCCACAAUUACGUAUCUCAAGCUGCGGCUUCAGGAGAAAGAGACGAAUAUUCAUGAGCAAAUCGAGCAGAGUAGACUGCAGCUUGGCCAGAUGUCCAAAGAGCACGCGCUUCAGCUCUCGAGCGUCCUGGAAAAGCACGAAGAAACACAGAGGGCACUCCAGGAUCUUCAAAAAAUCUACACUGAAACUCAAACCUCGAAACUCGUAGACAUGCGCAAAUCCAUUUCACAGAGGCAAGCUCAGAAGACAGUCGAGAGUCUGAACUCGGAAGUCGUGGUGCUGCAAGAAGAGCUACUGUCUUGUACCAGCCAAAACUCGGCACUUGAAGAGCGCUUGAAGCUUUCCGAGAAACUAUUGGAUUUGAAGGAGAAAGAAAACGCGGUACUUCGCGAGGACUUGAAGCAGCUGCGAGAAUCCCUGACACAAAAGGCUUCUGAGAAACCAGAUCGCCAGGAGAGGCUCAAUUUCGAUGCACGCUCCGGUGCCGUAGCUCUGGAGGCUGUCCCCCGAAACUCGAUGCAACUCAAGGCUGUGCCAGUCCAAGUGCUGAUAGAUCGGCUUACGGAUCCACAAACUCAUGAUGCCGAGUUUGUGCAUGCCUUCAUUCUCACGCACAAGUCGUUCAUGAGAAGCCAAGAGCUGAUGCGCGAGCUUUCGAAAGCCGCCCUGGGAAAUGCAUCAACAGCAUCGACAUCCAGUCCACGGCUUCUCAGAACCAUCAACACGCUCAAGUACUGGAUUGAGAACUACUGGAGCGACUUUCAGGAAGAUGGCCAGCUCCUAGCUGAUCUGACCGAGACGAUGGAUAUAUUGAGCAAAACCGACCCUGAUCUUGUCAAUAUGGUGCGAAACAUCACAUCGCGGAAGCUGCAAGCAACAACAAGCCAUAUUCGCAAGAGCACCGAUCGACCGUGUCCCAAGCCAAUUCUGCCAAAAGGUCUUCAGAAACGAUACGAGCCUGAAGGAACCGUCUACAAAGUCAAUGCGGGACUCGCUACGAUCAUCAUCCCAGAGCGCAUCGACAUCAGAGACAGGAGCCUCCAAAUGGCCCAGACUCCACCACGUCUGAGCCAAGAGCUUGGUGGUAGUCUGUCCGAUAUAACCUCUCUAAGCAGGGAACCCAAGCCAAGGUGGCUGUUUGCAGAUUUUGACCCACUUGAGGUAGCACGCCAAAUCACAUUGAUUGAAUUCGAAUUGUUUUCCGCGAUAAAGCCACGAGAGUUUCUGGAUUUGGCAUGGAUGAAGGAUGACAAGGAGAAGCUGGCACCAAACAUCAUGAAAAUGGCACGCUGGUCAAACCAUGUGGUUCGCUGGCUGAUUACCGAAAUUGUAACGAUCAAAGAUCAACCCAAAAUCCGUGCGGCCGCCUAUGAAAGGGUAGCCCGGGUAGCAAAGCAUUUGGCCGUGCUAAACAACUUCAACGGCGUCAAAGAAUGCGUGGCGGCACUGCAAUCAUCUUCGGUUUACCGGCUUCGCAAAACAAAGGCGAGUGUGGCUGGAAAGUACAUCAAGGUCGUUGAGGAGCUUCAGCGGAUGAUAUCCAGUGAGCUGAAUUACAAAAGCUUGAGAUCAAGAAUUCACGCUGCAGAGCCGCCGGUGAUUCCAUUUCCAGGUAUAUACCAAGGCGAUCUGGUGUUUCUAGAUACCACGAAUAAAUCGGCACCAAGCGACGGAAACAUCAACUUUGUGAAGCAUCUUAAGGUGUUUCAAUAUGUACGCGAGAUUCAGAUAUAUCAGCAAACAAGCUAUGCACUCACUCCAAUUCCAGAGAUUCAGGAGUACAUCAAAGCUUUCAUCGGGAUGAGCGAUGACGACGCAUACGAUGCUUCUUUAGCUUGCGAGCCACGCGAAUUGACCUCGAGUCGAGGCGCAUAGUAAACACUCUACUGAAGGAACGAAGCGACCCGCUUGUUCCAGCACACAUUCCGAGUGGCUGAGCAGCUCAUCAGUACGAGCCAAUCGAGUUGCUACGAAGUUACUGCAUCGAAUCAUCGACAUUCAGCUCGCCUUGGGAAGCAUGAUAUUGGGUAUAGGCAGCUGAUUUCCAUAACCGAUGAUCGACCUCUACACUGCAGUCAUGUUCCCGGCCGAGUUGAUAUCCUUGUUCCGGACUGUGAUGUACUACUUGAUGGAGUGAACAAUAUGGGCGAUGAAGAGUCCCAUGGGCUGUCGACAAUCGGAGCAGCCCUGUUCGGGCUGUGGAUCAAAGCGUAGUAGCGCUGCAGCAUAGAAACUGAAGGUGGUGAAUUGAACCAUUGGCGAUAAGUGCGUGUAUUGAUGUCCAUAACGGAGUGGUUACUGUCCCC